CCUGGAGACUGGGCACUUGCGCUCGGUGGAGGUAGGGACUGCAGCGUGGGAAAGAGCAAGCAGGAACAGACCGCUGCAGCCGCCGCCGUCGUGCAGCGCUUGCCAGGCUCUGCGCUAAGCUGCAGACCACGAAGGGGAGGGGGAGGGGGGAGAAGAGAAAAAGUGGUGGGUAUUUAUUUCUCAUUAGCCUGCCGUGUGCAUCCCCCCGGUUCGCAGAAAUGAAGCGACCUUGUGAGGAAACUACCUCAGACAGCGACAUGGAUGAGACUAUAGACGUGGGAAGCGAAAACAAUUACUCGGGGCAAAGUACAGGCUCUGUGAUUCGAUCAAAUUCUCCAACAACAACAUCUCAGAUUAUGGCCAGAAAGAAAAGAAGAGGGAUUAUAGAGAAAAGGCGUCGAGAUCGAAUAAAUAACAGUUUAUCUGAGUUGAGACGACUUGUGCCAACCGCUUUUGAAAAACAAGGAUCUGCAAAACUGGAAAAAGCAGAAAUAUUACAAAUGACAGUGGAUCAUUUGAAGAUGCUUCAAGCAACAGGAGGUAAAAGUUAUUUUGAUGCCCAUGCCCUUGCCAUGGAUUUUAUGAGCAUUGGAUUUCGAGAAUGCCUAACUGAAGUUGCAAGAUACUUGAGUUCAGUGGAAGGUCUGGACACCUCAGAUCCCCUGAGAGUUCGACUUGUGUCUCAUCUCAGUACCUGUGCCUCUCAGAGGGAGGCAGCUGCCAUGACUAGCUCCAUGGCCCACCAUCAUCAUCACCCUUUACAUCCACAUCAUUGGACAGCUGCUUUUCACCAUCUUCCUACAGCCUUGCUUCAGCAAAAUGGACUCCAUGCCUCAGAAACCACACCUUGCCGACUGUCUACAGCAUCAGAAGUGCCUCCCCCUUCCCAUGGCUCAGCUCUUCUCACAGCCACUUUUGCUCAUGCUGACUCUGCACUUCGAAUGCCUUCCACAGGCAGUGUGGCACCUUGUGUUCCACCUCUCUCUACUUCUCUUUUGUCCCUCUCUGCUACCGUCCAUGCUGCUGCUGCAGCAGCCACAGCAGCUGCUCACAGUUUCCCCCUUUCCUUUGCAGGGGCAUUCCCCAUGCUCCCACCAAAUGCAGCAGCUGCAGCAGUAGCAGCUGCAACAGCCAUCAGCCCACCUUUAUCUGUGUCAGCAACUUCCAGUCCCCAGCAGACAGGUAGUGGAACAAACAGUAAACCUUACCGACCCUGGGGGACAGAAGUUGGAGCUUUUUAGUACUCCCUGGAAUUUCUACUAGACUUUUGGCAGUAGUAACUGAAUGUCCUUCAUUUCAGAGUCAGCUUAAAGGCCUUCACCCUGAAGGUAGCAGCCAUGACAGAUGUCUGAAAAUCGACCAUGGAACAAAAAACACUGUUUUAGACACAGAUCUCACAAGAAGAAUAUUACCAUUUUUCUUCUUUGUUUUUGCUUUAGAUAUCUUGUUAACCAACGUCAGUGAGCUUUUGAAAAUGUCACACUCUUUUUACUGUUUGAAAGUUUAUGAGGGAAAUACACAGAUUCUAGAGAUAAUCUUCCAGCUACACAUCUUCACGUUUGUGGGUUAGGAAAGAAAAUACUCCAUGGAAUUCUCCUGAGGCUGGAGGAAAACACACACUUACACACAUACACACACACACACACACACACACACACAAUUUAAAGUUUCUU